AUGCUUCGAGAGGCUAGAGUUUCAGAUAAAGAGAAAAAGAGAAUUGUUGAUGAAUUUCUUCACCUUAUUACCAAUAGCAAGGCUUUCGAUAGCAAGUGUCUUAAUACGGAAACAAUCGAUUGUUUUGUUCUCCCAUUCUUUGAGUGGAAUGGCGUAACUUUAACGAUGGAACUUUUGAAAAAGGCUAAUUAUCAAGAGUUGAUUGCCAAGUUGGAACAAUCGCCAAUAUUCUAUCCUAUAUUAGUUAGUUCAAUCUUUUUUCAUUUUGGAAUGGCUUAUCAAUGGAAGAAGAACUCAAACUCAAACUUAGAAAUUCCAAGAUGA